CCCCUCACCAUCACCACAUCUCUGGAUGCUCUCCUGGCCGGCCAUGCUGCUGGGGGGCCUCCUCCUCACCGUGGCCACCCUGACUGUGGCCCAGCGGAGGGGGCAGGAGGUGAGAGAGCGCCGCCUGGCGCAUCGCGUCCAGCAUGGCCAGUGCAGCUACACCUUCCUGCUGCCCGAGCCGGAGGCCUGCGCUCCAGAGGCUGGGGGCACCUUCAGGGGCUCCAACAGCCUCCAGAGGGACUCGCUGAACCUAGUGGCCUGGCCUACCAAGCGGAUGCAACACCUGGAGAAGAUGCUGGAGAACAACACACAGCGGCUGCAGAAGCUAGAAAGGUACAUCCAGACGAACUUGAGGUCGCAGCUGGCGCAGGCAAGGCAGCACGUGGUCCAGAACCAGACGGCCGCCGUGCUGGAGCUAGGCACCAGCCUCUUGAACCAGACCACCGCCCAGGCCCACCGGCUGACUGACAUGGAGGCUCAGGUACUGAACCAGACAUCAAGAAUGGAGAUCCAGAUGCAGGAGACCUCACUGUCCACCAACAAGCUGGAGAAGCAGCUGUUUCUACAGGGCCUUGAGCUCCACCGGCUACAGGACUACAACAGCGCGCUGGAGACCCGGCUGCGAGCCCUGGAGACACAGCAGCAAGCGCAGCUGGCCAGCCUGCGCCAGGAGAAGGAGCGGCUGGGGAGCCUGCUGAGCCGCCAGAACGGCGCCCUCGCCGGCCUCGCGCGCAGCCUGCGCGCUGCCAGAAGCAACUCCAGCCUCCUGCUGAGGCAGCAGGACCGACUGCUGGAGUCCAUGAAGCGCCUGCUGCGCACGGUGGCCCAGGGCCCGCGUGAGCAGGUUGCAGCUGAGCGGGUGUUCCAGGACUGCGCGGAGAUCCAGAGCUUCGGGGCCAAUACCAGUGGCGUCUACACCAUCCAUGUGGCCAAUGUGACAGAGCCCAGAAAGGUUUUCUGUGACAUGGAAGCCAAUGGAGGUGGGUGGACCCUCAUUCAGCGCCGUGCGAAUGGCAGCGUGAAUUUUCAGCGGAACUGGAAAGAUUAUAAGCAGGGCUUCGGUGAUCUGGCUGGGGAGCACUGGCUGGGCAACGAGUUGGUGCACCAUCUCACCAGCAGGGCAGCCUACUCUCUGCGUGUGGAGCUGCAAGACUGGGAAGGCAACGAGGCCUAUGCCCAAUAUGAGCGUUUCCAGCUGGGCAGUGAGGGGCAGCUGUACAGGCUUUCUCUGAGCGGGUACAGUGGCUCGGCGGGGCCCCAGAGCAGCCUGGCCCUGGAGGGCACCAACUUCAGCACCCGAGACGCAGACAACGACAACUGCCUGUGCAAGUGCGCCCAGAUGCUGUCUGGAGGGUGGUGGUUUGACGCCUGUGGCCUCUCAAACCUGAACGGCAUCUACUACCCAGCUGGCCGCCACCUGCGCAAGCUCAACGGCAUCCGCUGGCACUACUUCCAGGGCCCCAGCUACUCGCUGCGGGCCACUCGCAUGAUGGUGCGUCCCAUCGGCACCUAACAGCAGCCUCGCACGAAGGCUGGGCCACAGGAGGAGACGGACUUGCUAUGCCCUGGGCAAGCUGGGCCCCAGCACAGGACACAGUGCCAGGGCCUGGACACCUGGAUCUCCCAAGCCAGCCCUCCUCGCCCUACGAGUCCCCAAGAGUCAGCUGCCUUGCUUCCCUGUCGUCCUCAAGUUGUGACAUGGGGGGCGUUUGGGGGUUCCUGUCUCUGCAGGACCCCUCUUUUCUCCAGUCUUCUGCAGGGGCCCCUGCCAACUUGAGGGUCACAGUACCCUGAAUGAGCUGAGAACAGACACCUUGGCUCCUCCAAGGAAUGCCUGGCUAGGGGGGGAAUUUCAGGCAGGUGGGAGGGUAGUUGCAGGCAGGAAAGUGCUCAGAUGGAGCCCCACAUUCUAGCCCCAGGGUUGGUGGGAAGGCCAGCGCCUGUUCCAAGCCUUCUCAGCCUUGAGCUGUCCUUGAACUGUCCCAGGCUGAAAGGCCUGCAUCUACCCCAUAACAGGAAUCAUUAUUUCCAACCCACACUGUCCAUCACUCCCAGGCCCCAGCAUCUGGAACUCAACCCUGGUCUCUCAAGGGCUCCAGGAGAUCUAACAGAGACUUCCUUACCCCCAGCAGGUUCCAGAAUAUGUUCCACAGAGAAUAACUCACACUUCCCCCUCAAAGUACCUCUGGUCAAGUGAGAGAGGAGAGCGCCAGGUUAAAUCAAUGUUGACAGGCAUUCUUAGCUGCAGGACUUGUCAGAGCCUAUAAUGUGGUCAUGUACUUUGUGACUGCCCGUGAACAGGCUAGAGUGGGCAGCUUUCUCCAAAUUUGCUUAUUUGAAAAUGGGCUCUGCUUCUCCCAGAGCAUCUCUCGGUGCGGUGGAUGCCUCUGGAAAAAGCUAGUCCUCAAGUGUCAUGAGGAGGAGCCCCAGGGCGCCACCUCCCACCCCCAGCGACUCAUCCUUUCUGGCUGCAAACGCCACAGUGAAGGCCUCACGUAGUCUCUAAAACAACUGGAAAGAAAUGUUGGAUUAAAGCAGACACACACCAUCCCUGAGUUUCCUGUCUGCUAUGGGCCAGUGAUCUCCCAGGCUCCUUCUGGCCCCAGGAAGCCAGCUCUCUGCCUAGGGCUGCCCUCAGCACUCCCUGUCAGCCCAGCUCACCCUCGCUCAAGUACAGGCACUACCAGGGAAUGUCCACACUGCCGUGGGCAGGACACCCAUCUGCAGGUCCAGAUCCUCCCACGUCUAAGCCAGAACCCCUAGCCCUCUCCUCCUGCCCCAUCCAACAUGAUGUUACAGCUGGGGGCCUGGGAGACCAAGGACUCCUCAUGAGCUUCUGUCAGAGGACAAGGUCAGAGAGGAGCCUCUGCCACUCCCCCUUCACUGUGUCACCCUCUUCAGUCCCAAUGAGGCCUACUGUGUGCAGUGUGGUACCGUGGGCAGGGCUUGGAGUUGGACAGACCUGCUCCAGCUCUUUGGACUUGAGGCCUGUGGCUCAGCCUCUCGCGGCCUCAAUUAUCUUGUCUGUGAAAUGGAGGUGAUGGCCCUCACUCCUGUCUGGGCUGGGGCAAGGUGGCGAUGAGACCCUGUAUGUCAACUUCUGACCAGAGCCUGGUAUGAAGCAGGUGCCUAAUAAAUAUUAGUUCCCAAAGAGGUGAAUGGGGUGAGAAAUUGCCUCUAGUGUAUGUCAUCCCUUCUGCUGGACCCAGUAGGGUGAGCAUGUAUUACUGUAUCCACAGCAUUUAUUUGUGUACUGCUAUGUGCUGGAGAGGAGUGGAGGGGGGAGCUGGGAGCCUCAGGGACAGACUC